ACACAGAACUGACCAGAUUCCAGCGACUGACCCUGCCCGACUACAGAGCCACAAGUCUAGGGGAAGCCUGGCUGUCGCCCAGCUUGUUGACCUGUGUUCACGCCUGCUUGGACACGUUCACGGUUUGCUACACCGUCACCUACAACACAAACAACGGCUUGUGUGCACCAGGGUCCAGAAUCACGUACAGUCCGGACAACAACCGAACACCCGACGAAGUGUUAUACUUCACCAACUUCUGCGACAGAGACAGGGGAUUCCAAGUUUACCUGUUCAACGGUUUCGUCCAGUGUCUGUUUAUCUCGUCCACUCGCAUGAGCUUCAACUCUUCCAGACAAACAUGUACAGAUAAAGGCGCCAGACUGUACAUGCCCAAGUUGCAGCAGCAGCUGGCCCUCCUGAGACACAUCGUCAGCAGCAUCACCAGAGGCAGCACCUGGAUCGGCCUGACUGACAUGGACAUCGAGGGUGUCUUUGUCUGGGAGGACGGAAAAGGUGUCAAUGACAGUCUUUCUGACCUGCCCUGGAGAGCAGGUAAUCCGGACAACGCCGCCAACAGGGAGGACUGUGUAGAGAUGGGCAGUUUCCAAGAUUUCUUUUACAUCAACGACCAGUACUGCGGCGAAAAUGCCUACUUCAUCUGUGAGGCAGAAAUGUAG